AUGGGCUGGGGAGGGGAGAACCGGAGCCGGGAUAGCGGCUGGGGAGGGGAGAACCGGGACCGGGAUGGCGGCGGGGAAAGUGAAAAUCGGAACCGGAUGGAGCUGGGGGAGGGACAACGGGGACCGGAUGGAACUGGGAAAAAACCGGAACAACCGGGCAGGGACAACGGGACCAGGAUGGGGUUGGGGAGGGGACAACCGGACCGGGAUGGCGCUGGAGCAGGAAAAACGGGACCGGGAUCGGGACAGGGUUGGGGAGGGGACAACCGGACCGAGCGGGCUGGGGACAACGGGGACCGGGAUGGAGCUGGAAACACCGGGACCAACCGGCACCGACUGGGUGGGGACACACCGGGCACCGGGCUGGGAACGGUGCUGGGGUCACGGAAGGGCAGAAGCGCAGCGGAAACCGAGCGCGGUUGUGUCGCAGCAGAGCCGCUGAUUUUCGCUUUCCCCGGCAGCGCCACCGGAGCCGUUUCCCGGUACCCGGUGUCCGGUGCCCGCCCCAGCCGCGCUCUCCGUCCCGCCGCCGCCGCCGCGAUGCUGCUGCUCCGGGCCAUGGCCGGCCGCAGGCUCCUGCCGCUGAUGCGGCUGCCCCGCGGCUGCUCCCGGUUGGCCCGCCGGGAACCCGGGGGACACCGAGGAGCGGCACCGGUGCUGGCGGCGCUGCUCGGGCUCGGCGUCGUUGUGGCCUACGGAGAGCGGCGGCGGAGGACCGCCCAGGCCGCCCAGGCCGCCCCCGCCCCGCCGUUCCCCCGUUACACGCGGGCGGAGGUGGCGCAGCACCGCACCCCGGCGGAUCGCGUGUGGGUCACCUACGGCACCGACGUGUUCGACGUUACCGAAUUCGUGGAGCUGCACCCGGGGGGACCGGACAAGAUCCUGCUGGCGGCCGGGGGGGCCCUGGAGCCUUUCUGGGCUCUCUACGCCGUGCACAGCCAGCCCCACGUCCUGGAGCUGCUCCGCGACUACAAAGUGGGCGAGCUGAGCCCCGAGGAGGCGGCGCCGCCGCCGGCGGACAGCGCGGACCCGUUCGCCGGGGACCCCCCGCGCCACCCCGCGCUGCGGGUGAACAGCUCGAAGCCUUUCAACGCCGAGCCGCCCCCGGAGCUGCUCACGCAGAGCUUCCUGACGCCCAACGAGCUCUUCUUCACCCGCAACCACCUCCCGGUGCCCGCCGUGGAACCGGCGUCCUACCGGCUGCGCGUGGAGGGGCCCGGCGGCCGCGCGUUGUCGCUGUCGCUGUCGGAGCUGCGGCGGCGCUUCCCGAAGCACGAGGUGACGGCCACGCUGCAGUGCGCCGGUAACCGGAGGUCCGAGAUGAGCCGGGUCCGCCCGGUCAAAGGCCUGGCUGGGGAUAUCGGUGCCAUCAGCACGGCGCGCUGGGGCGGGGCGCGGCUCCGGGACGUGCUGCUGGCCGCCGGUGUCCGCGACGGCGCCGAGAACGGCGAGUGGCACGUGUGCUUCGAAGGGCUGGACGCGGACGCUUCGGGGACGCCGUACGGAGCGUCCAUCCCGUUUAAACGGGCGCUGAGCGCCGACGCCGAGGUGCUGCUGGCGUACGAGAUGAACGGGCGGGAGCUGCCCCGGGAUCACGGCUUCCCGGUGCGCGUGGUGGUGCCCGGCGUGGUCGGGGCGCGGAGCGUGAAGUGGCUGCGGAGCGUGGCGGUGUCGCCCGAGGAGAGCCCGAGCCACUGGCAGCAGAACGACUACAAGGGCUUCUGUCCGUCCGUGGAGGAUUCCGUGGAUUUCCGGGCCGCGCCCGCCAUCCAGGAGCUGCCGGUGCAGUCGGCGAUCACCGAGCCCCGGCCCGGAGCGGCCGUGCCGCGGGAGCUGACGGUGAAGGGAUACGCGUGGAGCGGAGGAGGAAGGGAGGUGGUCAGGGUGGACGUGUCGCUGGACGGGGGCCGGACGUGGCGCGAGGCCGAGCUGGGCCCGCGGCCGGAGCGGGGCCGGGGCUGGGCCUGGGCGCUGUGGGAGCUGCGGGCGCCGGUGCCCGCGGGGGCGCGGCUGGAGAUCGUCUGCAAGGCCGUGGACCGCAGCUACAACGUCCAGCCCGACACCGUGGGGCCCAUCUGGAACCUGAGAGGGGUCCUGAGCAACGCCUGGCACCGCGUCCCCGUCACCGUCACCAAGUGAGGGACAUCCUUGGGGACAUCAGGGUAUUGAGGCUUUGGGGCUUUGGGGACAUUGGGGACAUCAGAGGUACAACCCGACACCGUGGGGCCCAUCUGGAACCUGCGCGGGGUCCUGAGCAACGCCUGGCACCGGGUCAGUGUCACCGUCACCAAGUGAGGGACAUCCUUGGGACAUCAGGGUAUUGAGGCUUUGGGGUAUUGGGGAC